AUGAUGUUCUCCAUUUUUGUCAUCCUUUUCAAUUUACCAUUCACUCAUACCAACUAUGAAUCUCGAAUAGCGGUCACUCCUGUAGGUUAUGAGUUUCAACUAAGAUAUUCCAUUCAGCUAUUAGUAUCCACAACAGCACAAACCAUCAUUACUUGUUCGGCAACAUGUAACCAGUUAUCAUCCUGUCGAACAUUUGAUUUCGAUUCAGUCUCCAAACGAUGUCGACUAUUCGAAGCUGACACCACCACAACUGGUUCAAUUAUCGUGUCAUCUUCGUCGACAUCACGCGUUGGAACUGUUCAGAUCUCAUCUGAUCUAUAUUCAUCAACGCACAAUCAACCAUGUACACUGUGUGAGAUGGAUCGAUAUGAAACAUGUUCAGCGAACACAAGUACGUGUCAAUGUCCGAAAAACAGUUACUGGGAUGGAAGUGUAUGCGCACUACAAUUAUUCCAGAAUAAUACAUGUAAACAGCAGAAUGCGUGUCGAUCAGAUCUAAACUUAACUUGUGCACAGGAUUGUUCUGGUAUAUUUACCAAAUGUGUCCCAGCAUCGAUUAUAAAUGCCACGCAAACAUCAGCAGGAUAUGGUGUAACAUUUGUCGGCACAUGUAGUGGCAGUUCGGUGGUGAAUCAAACGAUAUUGACAGGACAAGCUGGUAUUACCAUGAGCCCUAACGGUAUGCUGUACGUCGCAGACGGUGCAAAUCGAGUUGUACUUUACUCUCAGAGCAAUCGUGUCGGUACGACAGUUCAAAGCUAUGGUUCAUGGCCAGCUUUUUUGUUCUACGAUAAUAGAACAUCUCUCCUGUACGUAACUGUAAUACAACUUAACCUCGUAUAUAUAUACCCAACUAACAACACCAUUCCGCCGAAUGGUAUCUCAUAUGACAAUUGUUCGUUGAAAUGGCUGUACAGACCAAGCGGAAUCGUCGUUGACAGCACAGGAAACGUUUAUAUAUCAAGCUAUAUGUGUCAUUGGAUAACAAAAUGGACGCCGAAUGCAACUACUGGUAUUCUCAUAGCAGGAUCUGCCACGGGUACAUUAGGUUCAACUAGUACAACGAUGAGUUCAUCGAUGAAUAUGGCGUUGGACGAAGCAAACUCUGUUAUAUAUGUUGCUGAUCGAUUUAAUAACCGAGUGCAACGAUUCUCGUUAAAUGGAUUGGGCGUAGGCGUGACGGUUGCCGGUGGAAACGGUAUUGGUUCUGCACCGAAUCAGCUGUCUCAACCAACAGAUGUUUAUCUUUCGAAGUCAAAAACUGUGCUGUACAUCGCCGAUUAUGCCAACAGUCGAAUCCAAAAGUGGGUGAUUAAUGCGUCGAUGGGAACGACUAUAGCUGGUAGUGCAAGCGGUAUAGCAGGUUCUUCGGCAUAUCUACUGAACGGCGCCUAUGCACUGACGGUUGAUCCAACAGAGACCUAUUUAUAUGCAUCCGAUCUCAAUAAUAAUCGGAUUCAACGUUUCUUUUUUCUUUAA